AGACUGGCAAGAUUUCCCUUUAUCCUUCUCCUCUUUUUCUCGAUUCCGUUGGAGGAAAUGAAGUGUGGGCUGGUGUGUGGAGAACCGCUGGAAUCCUGAGAGACCUCCCUCCUCCCAGCCCCCUUCCUUUCUGUCUGCAGGUCCGAGGGUCUGUGUUCACAGACAUCUCCAGGCAAGAAGAGGAGGAAACUCUUCCGAACCGUCUCAGGAAACAGCAAUAUCAUGCAAAAAUCCUGCAAAGAAAAUGAAGGAAAGCCCAAGCGCCGCGUGCCAAAGAGGGAGGAAGAACACCCCUAUGGAGAAUUUGAACGCCAACAAACAGAAGGGAAUUUUAGGCAAAGGCUGCUUCAGUCUCUCGAGGAAUUUAAAGAGGACAUAGACUAUAGGCAUUUUAGGGAUGAAGAAAUGACAGGAGAGGGAGAUGAGAUGGAAAGGUGUUUGGAAGAGAUAAGGGGUCUGAGAAAGAAAUUUAGGGCUUUGCAUUCUAACCACAGGCAUUCUCGGGACCGUCCUUAUCCCAUUUAAUGCCUUUUCCCCCUGAAUUCAACUAUUUUGUUAUUAAUAUUGCCAGCAUUGGUUCUUUCUGUCUGCGUUUUCUUGCUAAAUAUUUGCUAUGAUUUUGCUACAAUCCUUCAGUGUUCCUUUGAUUUACAUAUGACUCUUGUUACCAACAUUUCAUCUUUUGACCCACUCUCACUCUUUAAUAGUGUUGUUUCAUUUCGUUUGCAUGGGAAGAUGCUCAUUGUAUAUUGUAAAGUAAAAACAAUACGUUGCAAAUGCUAUAUAUAGAUAGAUAUACCUGUCUAUCUAUCUAUGUACCUUAUAUGUACAUUUAUAUAUGUCAUAAUGCAAAAAAGUCUGAAUUAUUGUACACCAAAAGAUUAAUAGUGAAUCUCUGCGUGAUCUGUAUUUUAUUUCUUUUUUUGUCUAUCUGCAUCUUCUCAAUUUCCAAAAAAAGAAUUUUAUAUAUAUGUGUGUGUAUUACUUGUGUCACCAAAAAACUAAAAUAAACAGACCUAAUAAAAGAACCUGUCAAUCACCUUUGCAGGGCAGUGAAACACUUGAUAAACUCUUAAUAACAGAACUAUAAAAAAGAAAUGUAAACUUCAAAUUACUUCUGGAUAUCUUAGCCAGAGGAAUAAAACUGACAAU